CGGAGUAACCCGGCGGGCGUGACCUUUCCCCUCCAUCCCGUCCCUCGAGCGCCCCUCACGGCCCGGGGGCGACGGUUGAGCGGCCGCGCCGCUCCCUCGAGAGCCUCGGUGGGACGCUUCCCGGGCGCGGCGCGGCGCGCGGCUCCUCGUUAUGGCGGCCCUCAGCAAGUCCAUCCCUCACAACUGCUACGAGAUCGGCCACACUUGGCACCCGUCCUGCCGGGUGUCCUUGGUGCAGAUCACGUGGGCCGCGCUGGAGGAGUCCCUCAAGAUCUACGCGCCCCUCUACCUGAUUGCAGCAAUUCUCCGGAAACGAAAAUUAGACUAUUAUUUAUACAGGCUACUUCCUGAGAUCCUGCAAUCCGCUUCAUUUCUGACUGCUAACGGGUCCUUGUAUAUUUCUUUGUUUUGCUUUUUCAGGAAGAUACUUGGAAAAUUCUACGCAUGGACUCCUGGCUUUGGCGCUGCUUUACCGGCAUCCUAUGUGGCCAUUCUAAUUGAAAGGAAAAGCAGGAGAGGACUACUCACAAUUUAUAUGGCCAAUUUGGCUACAGAAACACUAUUUAGAAUGGGUGUGGCAAGAGGCGCUAUCACAACAUUAAGAAAUGGAGAGGUGCUGUUGUUCUGCAUUACAGCAGCCAUGUACAUGUUCUUCUUCAGAUGCAAAGAUGGUUUGAAAGGAUUUACAUUUUCUGCACUUAGGUUCAUUGUGGGAAAGGAAGAAAUUCCCACACAUUCUUACUCACCAGAGACAGUGUAUGCAAAAGUGGAACAAAAGAGAGAAAAACUUGAGGAAAAACCAAGAAGAAUGAACAUAAUUGGUCUACUUAGGAAACUUUUGAAUUCAAUAUGCAAGCAUGGACCAAGGCAUAGAUGCUGUAAACACUAUGAAGAUAAUUGCAUCUCUUACUGCAUUAAAGGUUUCAUCCGAAUGUUCAGUGUCGGGUAUCUGAUCCAGUGCUGCUUGCGAGUCCCCUCUGCCUUUAGGCAUGUGUUUACACAGCCAUCCCGGCUGCUUUCGCUCUUCUACAACAAGGAAAACUUCCAGCUUGGAGCAUUUCUUGGCUGUUUCGUUAGUAUAUACAAGGGUACUAGUUGCUUCUUACGGUGGAUCAGAAACCUAGAUGAUGAACUGCAUGCUAUUGUAGCAGGAUUUUUGGCAGGCAUAUCAAUGAUGUUUUAUAAAAGCACAACAAUUUCCAUGUAUUUAGCUUCCAAAUUGGUGGAGACAAUAUAUUUCAAGGGCAUCGAAGCAGGGAAGGUGCCUUACUUCCCUCACGCUGAUACUGUCAUUUAUGCCAUCUCAACAGCAAUUUGUUUCCAUGCAGCUGUCAUGGAAGUUCAGAACUUGCGACCAUCUUACUGGAAGUUCCUUUUAAGGCUCACCAAGGGCAGAUUUGCUCUCAUGAACCGAAAAGCCCUUGAUGUCUUUGGUACUGGUGCAUCUAAAGAAUUUCACGAUUUCAUCCCCAGAUUGGACCCUAGGUAUACAGUUGUAACACCAGAGCUGCCCAUAGAGUUUUCUUGAAGAUGACUGACGUAUUAAUACGACCAUGUGUUUCCUCACCUACCCUGAAGAGUUAAUUAUGUUGAACACAGAGAAGGAGCAUGAGCUCGAACUUCAGUGUUAUUUCAAUGAGAGAUGCUUUUCUUCCUUUAUCAAUCAGAAAUACAGAAGCUUUUUAGAAAGGUGUUGCUUAAUAAUUAAGCUUCCUCUGUAGCCAGAAUCUAAUUCUGGAUCACUGUAGUGGUGGACAUUAUGAUAUAUUAUUGAUUAAAUUAUGUCUACAAACAAUAUUGAAUACUCUAUGUAGAAAUAUAAUAACAAGAGUAAAAUUACUUUAAAAGAUGUAUUUAGUUCAUUCCAAUAUAUUCUUGGUUACAACUAAGAAUAUUUCUAUCUUGUAGGAUUUACAAAGGAUCACGGGUACAUGGAUUUGGUCUGUGUUUUUAUUUUAACUUUUGAGUUGGUAGUAACUUUUGAAUCUGUAGUAGUGAAGUGUUAAAGAUUUAAAGGAACUCUCCAUAGCCAGUGCUGCUUGAGUAGAGAGAAUGUGGACAAAGUGGCCAUUCUUUAUUUCAGGGAUGCAAAAAUGGAUCUUGUGCCAUUUGGGUCAAUGUUGGGGUGAUGUCUGCACUGAGGUUUUCAGCGGACAACACCAUCUCUCUGACUAGUAGGGCUGUUUGGCAGCCCAAAGAACCCACAUAUCAGUGG